UUACCAAAUACCACUUACUGUUCUUGUCCUAAUACCACCAAAUUUUUCAACAGGUUCCAGAACUUUCUAGCCCUUUCCUUGCCGAAAACAGCCAAUAGGAAUCAAAAUAAAAUAAAUCUUUCUCAAUUAGCUCCAGAACUUUCGGUCACAGAACCACAGACUUCACUUAUUUAAAUCUUUACACUCUCACCGUCCCUCAAUUUCUGUUUCUAAAAAAAUUAUCUGAAUAUUUUGCAACAGUCUUAACUACCUUUCCUAAAAUAGCAGUGAUCCAAUUCUUGUAUCUUUUCAGUGAUUUCUCAGCAUUUUACUCAAAAAUGAGUUCAAAUUUUCUAUAAUCUCUUCUGUUAUGUCAUUUUUUCUUUCUUAGUUCUAUGUUUCAAUUAAAACCCAGUUCUGUUCAUACUUCGUUAUUUCAUAGUAAUCAUGAUUACAUCCUAGUUUCAUAUUCAAUGUUUUUAAAAUUGUUCGAUAUUUUCGCUCGUAACCUAUUAGAUUAAAGGUCUGUAACAUAUUUGCUCAUAACCUAUUCAAUCGUUCUACACCAACCUAAUUACCAAUAAUCCAAUUUUAUCUCUCAAAUAAGAAAUUUACUGAGAUCUUAAGUAUGGACCCUGUGAAAAAAGAGUUUACUGGAAUCAGCUUAAUUUCUUAUGCUGAUGAUGGUCAUCAACAAUCUAUGAUUCCAGCUCCUCAACCACUUGAAGGUUUACAUGAUCCAGGUCCUCCACCAUUUCUAACCAAAACAUAUGAAAUGGUGGAUAAUCCAAGUACAGAUCAUAUAGUUUCUUGGAGCAGAACAGGAAAUACUUUUGUAGUUUGGGAUCCUCAUACAUUCUCCAUGGAACUUCUUCCUAGAUGCUUCAAGCACAACAAUUUCUCCAGCUUUGUUAGACAGCUCAAUACUUACGGCUUUAGAAAGGUUGAUCCUGAUAGAUGGGAAUUUGCAAAUGAGGAGUUUCUUAGAGGGCAUAAACAUCUUCUUAAGAACAUUAGGAGGAGGAAGGCAACAUCUGUGUCUCCUCUUCAACAGCAAAAUUUGGGGGCUUGUGUUGAAGUUGGACGGUUUGGACUAGAUGGAGAAAUCAACAGAUUGAGAAGAGACAAGCAAGUUUUAAUGGGGGAAUUGGUGAAGCUAAGGCAGCAACAGCAGAACACUAAAGAAUAUCUUCAGGCGAUGGAGCAAAGGCUUCAAGGAACAGAGGCAAAGCAACAACAGAUGAUGAAUUUCUUGGCGAGAGCAAUGCAGAACCCAGCUUUUAUCCAGCAAUUGGUGGAUCAGAAAGACAAAAGGAAGGAACUUCAGGAAGCAAUUACUAAGAAAAGAAGAAGACAAAUUGAUCAAGGGACUAGUAACCUUGGAAUAGGAGUAUCUAUCCACAGUUACGGAGAAGAUGCUAUCAAAACUGAGCAACAUAAUUUUGGGUUUGCAGUCUCUGAGCUGGAGACACUUGCCUCGGAGAUGCAAGGAUAUAAUCAAGGUGGAACGGAGCAAGGAGAAGCACAAAGAGAGGAAGAGGCAGCUUGGAAACCUGAUGACGUGGUAUUGGAUAACAAUUUUUGGGAAGAAUUGUUGAAUGAGAAAAUUGGGGAAGAGAACUUUGAAGGAACAGAAGAUGAAGAUGUAAGCGUGUUGGCCGAUCAACUAGGUUACUUGGGUUCCAGCCCGCAGUGAACAAAGGGAGUUGGCAAUUCGCAUGGAUGAUCUCACUUGCGUGUGGUAGCUGCUGCAUUUAUUGGUUAGAUUAGUCAUUGUUUUACUGAAUUUGGUCGUACGAAUCUGGAAAAAGUUGAGAAAUGUGGUUUUGCACUCUGCUGACAGGAGGCAUCAAAGAUCAAUUCAAAUGGCAAAAAGACGGGAACAUAGAAGUGUAUCCUUGGAAAUUAACUUGUUUAUUACUGACCCUUAACAAAGUCAUUUUAUUAAUUAUUUUGGUUGCCUCUCUCUUCUUUAUCUUAGCAGAUUACCGACAUUGCUUGGAAGAGUUCAAACAAAUCCUGGAUUUGUUUUAUAAUGUUGUAGGUUUCCUCAGUUCCACUUUCCUUUUCCUUUUUAAAUUGGUCAGAACAAUCCAAGGUCUCUUAUAUAUAACACGUUUGUUUGGUCUUUGAUAGCAUGUUUGUAGUUGUAGAUUUCUUAGCAGCAGAAAGCUGAAAUUAGAGAGAAGAGAUGGGUUUGAAGCUGAGGAAGAUGUUAAUCUUGUGUUGAAGACAUCUUGUAGGUGUUGGUGUUCCUCUUGUGAAGCAUUUUUAUGAAGACCAAGAGAGAGGAGGAUGUAAAUGUGUAGGUGUAAAGAGUUCGUUGUGGGGUUUCGGUCGUUUUCAUGGGUUCUUGGGGUGUUCAAUUUCAUGGGGUCUUGGGGUGUUGGAUAUGUAAAAUUUCAUACUAAGCAAAAACCUAUAACCGUUGUUUGGUUGAGCUUUUAAAUGAUCUUGACUUCUGGCUCAUGGUUAAGUUGUAAUUUGCAUUCCGCUGGUGCUUUGUCAACAGAUAAGAAGUAACUUUAGGUUUA